CGUGUGCGGACGCUUUCGGCGGCAAAGCAUAUUUUCUAAGCUCGCAUGCUGUGUGAGUUUAGUGUAAAUGAAAAACGAUUUGUUUUUAAGGAUAUAGUGUGAAAAUAUAUUAUUUAAUUUGAAACUACUGACGCAAGUGAAAAAAAAAAAAUAAUUUACUAAAUUUCGUAGCUCGUCAAGAAGUACGCUAUUCUUCGAUUAAUCAAACAAGCGCACAUAACCUGGUGUUAUGGCAGUCGAUUUGCUAAAUACCGCGGGAUAUAGGAACUCAUUAACUUGACGAAUUUUUCGUUGGCAGACGGAAACAAAUCACGCGAUUUCGGCGCGCACCCAACGCAGUGUGUCAUUUUUCAUUGAAUUAAAUUUGGUGACAGCACAUCAAAAUUUAUUACACCGACCGUUCAAGCAAUAACAACAACAAAAACAAUUAACACGUGGCAUAGCACAUAGACCAUGGAGAGACGGCGUAAAUAAAAUGAGUGAAUAAAGCAUUUAAUACAAAGCUGCCGGCAGUCAUAAUAUUUGAGCGGCCGGUAAAUGGAUUUCCAGCCUUAAUGGUAACGACCUCAAAUGACAUACUACUCAAAAUUAAUAAACGGUAAUUGCUGGCGUUGCUGACCUUUGCACGGCGACGCGGCAAUCAAUCGUGUGCUGGCUUUUCAAAUUGCCUGGCGGCUGCCUAAACGAAAUUCAGACUGCCAGAUAUAAUUUAGCGCAAUUGCACAGGCACUGUGUUUCCAAAAAGGAACUAGAAAAAAAAAAAAAAAAAAAAUUACACGCGUUAGGUAACGUUUAAGCAAACCACAAUUAUAACAAGAAGUGCUAACAAAUAAUAUUGUGACAAUAACAACAACAACAUCAUUGGUUAUAGCAUAAACUUGGGCGCUUGGAUAUCGUUGAUUUCCUUCCAUAAAAGCAGUGAGACAUACACUUUUACAUGCGCAUUGAAGUUAGCACCUGUGCGACGUGCCACGCAACGACUGUUAGCUAGCAAUUAGCCCUGACAUUUGGAGUGCUUGCCUUUCGUGCGCGCUUGUCUAGCUUUUAUGAGCAUCGGCUUACGGUAUUUGUUGUUUGUGCAUUAAAUGGCAAGCAGUUAAAAAACCGGCAACGGAAGUGCAUGUAAAUCACACACACAUAUACUCACACAUAAACAAAGUGAAGGCGCCACCGUUGCAAGGCAACAAAAAAUAAAUAAAAGUAAUAAUAAACGCGAAAACAAUACGGCGGUGCAAACAAUAACAACAAAGUGCGCUGACAGUGUGUGUGUAGAAAGUAAAGGAAAUAAAUAAAUAGUGAAAAUCACGGCAAGGCGACGAAGUGUGCAGUAAACACUCAUAAAAAGUGAAACAGCAAUAAAGUUUAUUAAGCGCGACGACUGCUGCGAUACCGACGCACAGUGUGCUAAUGCUCGACACAUGUUUGGUGAAAAUUGUGAGUGCCUAGAAGUGGAAAAAAAUUAAUUAGCAAACUAGUGGCAUUGAAACAACUUUGUGUGCGCAAUAAAGGAAAACUUUCGAAAUAUGGUUUUACACACAUACCUACAUAAUGUAUGUAUGCAUGAAGUGCCGACGGUAAACAAAAAUAAAAUCAAAUAAAUUUCAGUCGGUGUAGAGAUAGGCAAAAAUUGCAACCACGACCAUGAAAAGCUGUGUGAAAGUAAAAAGCUUAAAAAUAGUUUGUGCAAAUGGGACUUUUCGUGGAAUGCAACACUUGACAAGCCAGCAGUAGUUGCGGCUUAGAGCAGUCGCUUGAAAAUAAUAGCAGCAACAGCAACAGUAAUCACAAGAACAAUAACCACAGCACAGCAAGCGGCCGGAGCAAAAUAGCAAAACAUUGAGAACAAUCAAGCAGCUGCACAAUCGCACUUGAGUAUUUAACAAUUUUCACAUAAACACACACACACACACACACAUUCGUGUAUACGUUGCAGCGCAAUACACCACAUACGAAUGAAAAAUGAAGCUGACGGAGUUGCUGUCCUACUUUUGCCUCUUGCUAUGCGCCAGGACACAAGUGAUAUUGGCAGUUAGUUGGGAAGAAUGGUGGACCUAUGACGGCAUAUCAGGUCCUGCUUUUUGGGGUCUUAUCAACCCAGAGUGGUCGCUCUGUAAUAAAGGGCGUCGACAAUCACCGGUGAACCUAGAACCACAACGCUUAUUAUUCGAUCCCAAUCUGAGACCUCUGCAUAUCGAUAAACAUAGAAUAAGUGGUCUAAUCAGCAAUACCGGUCAUAGUGUUAUUUUCACCGCUGGCAACGAGACGGUUGCGAACUAUGAUGGCAUGCAAACGCCAGUUAACAUAUCCGGUGGGCCAUUAUCAUAUAGAUAUCGAUUUCAUGAGAUUCAUAUACACUACGGAUUACAUGAUCAGUUUGGCUCAGAGCAUAGUGUGGAUGGCUAUACAUUCCCAGCGGAGAUCCAAAUAUUCGGCUACAAUUCACAACUCUAUGCAAAUUUCUCGGACGCUUUGAACCGAGCGCAAGGCAUUGUUGGUGUCUCGAUUUUACUGCAGCUCGGUGAUCUGUCCAAUCCGGAAUUGCGUAUGCUUACCGAUCAAUUGGAACGCAUACGUUUCGGUGGCGAUGAAGCGUUUGUCAAACGUCUGUCCAUACGCGGUCUGCUAUCGGAAACGGAUCAAUAUAUGACCUAUGAUGGCUCGACAACAGCACCCGCCUGUCAUGAAACUGUGACGUGGGUUGUCCUAAACAAACCCAUUUACAUAACCAAACAACAGUUGCACGCCCUAAGACGCUUAAUGCAAGGUAGCCCCGAUCACCCCAAAGCACCGCUAGGCAAUAAUUAUAGACCACCACAGCCGCUACUGCAUCGGCCUAUUCGAACCAAUAUCGAUUUCAAAACAUCAAAAGCGAAUGGCAAGGCUGCGUGUCCCACCAUGUAUCGAGAAGUGUAUUAUAAAGCUACAAGUUGGAGACAGCAUUGAGGCGUAUCUCGGCAAUAAAUAACAGCAUUAGCAACAGCAAUCAAAGCCAAGCGCAGUUGCCACUUCAACUUACAUAAUAUUUAAAUAUAAGCAUAUAUUUGCACACACUUAUACAGACAUAUGUACGUAAGUACACGUAAAUCGGCGUGCAACAGGAGCUUCCAUAAAUUUAAAUAAACAAAUAAAUAUUUAUAUUAGCAUUGUAAUUGUAACAAAAUCAUAGUAUUGCAUGUGCAUAGCUGAGUUACAAUGAAAUACAUAUAAACUAUACAGUUGUAGCAGCAUAUAAAAAUUACGUAAAUAUAAUCUACUUAUAUAUACAUAUGUAGUUGUAGAAUAGCAAAUAAAUUAGACUAAGAAUAUUUGCCACAGCUAGUAGCUGUGCAUUUAAAAGAAGUGAACAGAAUUGGUGUGAAGAAAAAUAGGCAAAAAAUAGCGAAUGGCCUGCAGAGGCACAGAUACCUAUAUACUUAUAAAUAAUCUUGUAAAUAAUCAACUGCUAUAAAAAAUAUUUUUGUAACCAGGCCCACUGAUAAUACGAAUAAGUAAUUAGUAAAAACUACAUGAUAUAAUAAAGUAAUAAACACUAGUAUAAUAUAAUGAUAUAUUUAUAUAAAACAUAUAUGCAAAUAUUAACAAUUCGCAUAAACCAAAAUAAACACCGAAGCAUAUGAAUAUUGCCACAUACAACACAAACACUUCGCUGCUUUCAGUAAUCUGCGUUCUUCAAAUAAAAUUUUACAUUUUAUUAGUCUAGCUUUGGACAAUUCAAAAGAAUACUUUAUUAUGCGUAACGAUGUGAUAUCACACAAUCUUAGUAGCCAACUGACUGGCCCAAAACGUGAAAUUAUCUGCUCACCGAAGUGUUCUCUCAAUAAAUCCAUCGAUUGAUGCGAUGUGUGGGAAGUGGUGCCGUUUUGUUGAAACCGAACUUCACCAUGCCUUUUGCAAAUAUUAUUUAGCUCUGAUUGGUUUGGUGGAAGGGAUACCUUUUUCAUCUUGGUCGGGCUUGAGGUCGACCUAAAACCGCUGCUAUGCUGUGAGUCCAGCCCCCAGCCACAGUGCGACUUCACACUGAAUUGAAUUCUUCAAUCCUGCCUUCUUUAAGGUUUAAACCACGGCCUUCACGAAUCUGCCCAAGGGACCAAACUCAAUGGACAAAUUGGAGCGAACUUCAAGUGCUAACCGCUCCCCGUGGUCCCAGAUUUAAGUCUCCGUUCAAAGCUUGUAGCUUUUGCUACUACCAGUUGAGCACCCAUCCAACUCAAUGGCUGCGGAAGCCAAAAAAUACAGACAUAGUGCAUAUUGGAUUUUAGUCGCCUCUUACGACAGGCAUACCUUACCGCGGGCAAAUUCUACCCCCUGCCCGCUGAGGGAUAGGUAAUAUCCAGUCAUAACUCCUGCAAUUGCGGCAACAGGAACUUUGCUAAGGGCAAGUAGUCCAGUAGUCCUCCUACAAUCUACCUAGGUCAUCGCCUGCUAAGAACGUAGUCCAGUACUGGAGCCAGGAUGACAACGGAGAUCCCACUCAUUCCCAUUACAAUAUGAGCCGGGUAUUGGCACCAACUCUUUCUCACUGUCUUUGCAGUUUCCAAGCUUUCGCUGUGACCAGUCUCUCACUCGAUUCUAAUAAUGGAAUAUCUUGAUGAUAUACCAUUUAUAAAGUGAGAAUAAGACUAUUUGACACAGCUUGCAAGCAAGAAUGGCCGUUUUGCUGUCGGAGUGAAUGUUCACCUUCCUGCAAUACGCUGCACUAUUACACCAAUAACAGCCACAGUAGUGCGGCAGCCUAAAGCUAAGCUUGCCGGAGAACUACUUAAAGAAUAUUUUCCUCCUAUCUUCCUUCUUUACAAACCAUACUUAGAAGCACUAAAUAACGGAAUUAUACCAACAAUGAUAGAGACAAUAUUAUGAUACCUUAUUGAACUUUCAAAAUGAAUUUCUUUUUAAAAGAGAUCAGCGCUUAGUGACAGCGAGCAGAGAUAUGGAUAUGAAUCGAUGAUGGCUAUCUUUUUAAGAAAAAAAUUCUUAUUUUUGUGCACCUAUUUUAACCUUUACUUUAUACAACUAGCAUACUUCUUCAAUUAAAAAAUGUUUCUAUGUUAAAGAUGUCUUUUCCAUGCCAACAUAUACCAAAAAUUUCAAACGCUUUCAAUUUAUUAAUUUAAAAGUUAAUCAAUUAGCAAAAGUUAAUUAAAAUAUCAAAUUAAUUUCUAUACUUAAAUUCGAAUAUUGAUUUUAUCGGUUCUUUUUUGACUGCAACAGAAUUGCAAAUUAUGGAAAUUCUACUUUAAACUCAAUUAGACCUAUUUUAUUAUUUACGGUUAAAAACAAUACUUAAUGCUAAAAACUUGAAACUCUUUACAAAAAAAUGUAAAUGUCUACGAAACAAAAAUUUCGCUGAUAAAAAUGAUAGACACACAACAAUUUAAUUGCAACACUACUUAACACUGCUGACAUAAACGGAAUUUGUUGCAAUAUAUUCACAUUUGAAUUUAUUGAACAAAAUCUGCUCACAAAUAUUUGUUAUGAAGUUGAUAUAAAUUACAUCAAAUAAUUAAGCGCCGUAGUUGCAACAUAAUUCUGACAUAUUUUCUGACAUGUUUUUUUUCACAAAAUUACCAACAUUUUUUUAACAUCUUUUGGCUGCACUUUUUUGUUUAAAAUGAGGUGAUUUGUUAUUGUUUGCACAAUUAAGCGCAUUUGAGUGUUUAUUAUGAGUGAAUAAUUGUUCGAAAAAUAUGUUCGGCAAUAAAACACGAAUUAAAGUGAUAACCGCACACUGAGCGAGCAAAACCACAACACGAUUGCGCGUUUUAUUUGCAAUUUAUUUAUUUCACUUUUUUGCAGUUUUUAUAAUAAACCAACCAAUUUAAAAGAGCAAGCUGCCAUAUUGCAGCAAGUAAAUAAAUGACUUAAUUAUGUUCUAACAUUAGUAAAUGCAAUGCAGCGCAAAUAGUGAAUAAAAGCAUUUAUUGAAAUCUUUUUUUUUUGUUUUUUUGCACACUUCUUUCAUACUGAUAGCCAAUUAUGUGCAGAUAUGAGUGAGGAGUUUCAGAAUUUGCCUGAAAUUAUUAAAUGAUCUGAGUUUAUGGUAUAAAUCGCAUUUAGUAUAUGAUAAUUGAAAUAUACAUAUAUAUAAAUAUAAUUUCAUUUUGACUUAGCCUACUAAAAGUAAAUAUUUUUAUAAACAAAAGUUUAAAUAUUACUUCAGCUAAUAGAACGAAUAUGCUUUUUUUAUCGUUUAUAACUGUGCUCGAAAAUUAUCGCCGAAUAAUUUUUCACGUCAGAAUUAUCAUUCAUUUUACCUGUAUAUUUUCUUUUUUCGGACUUUUACUUUAUAUGACCCCUUAAAAUCAUAGUUUUGUAGUUUAAGUUCUAUAGUGGCUUUUUAUGCCCUGAACACUGUAUAUUAAGUUUGCCAUGAAGUUUCAAGCAUGUGUGUGGGACAAAAACAGAACCAAAAGCAAGAAAAUUAGUGUGAAUGAAAAUAAAGUGUGAUCUAUUUCGAUUUUCCCAACUUUUUUUUAAAGAAAAAACACAGAAAUUCCGAAUUUCAUGAAAAAUAUUUAUUUACAUUUGAAAGAACAUUCUUUGCCGAUGACUCGUUCGAGCACUCCCACUGUAAACUGGCGAAUGCACGCGUAAUGUUUUGCUCCAAGACCUGAAUUGAAGCGGUAUUCUUCGCAUUGACUUUAAGCUUUACAUAUUUCCAUAGGAAAAAGUCUAACGGCAUGAUAGAUCUUCCUGGCUAAUCCACCGGCCCGUGCUUCAAUUUCAAGCAUCAAAUAGUCGGUUAUCAUAACGCGAGAACGGUCGCCAUUCACGGUUACGUUCUCAUCUGCAUCAUUUUUGAAGCAAUAUGAAUCGAUUUUCAGCGGUCCAAAAACCACACCAAACCGUUGUUUUUCUUGGAUGAAAUGGCAGCUCUUGAAUCUCUUCAGGUUGCUCUUCAUUCCAAGUGCGGCUCGUUUGAUUGUUUACAUACCCAAUAAAGGGCCAGAAAAGUUCCUCACCGCUGAAUAUAAUUUGGCUCGAAAACGUCGGAUUUUCUUGGAACAUUUCAAGAGUUCAUAGAGCAAUGCGACUUCGCUUGGGAAGGUCGACCGGCUUCAGGUCUUGCACAUGCUGUAUUUUAUAUGUUUUCCAUUUAAGAUCUCGUCGUAAAAUGCGCCAAGUCGUUCCAUACGUUAGUCCGAGUUGCUGCGAACGACGCCGAAACGACUCUCCACGGUCUUCUUGUACGCUCUCAACUACGGCAGCUAUAUUUUCUUCACUGCAUACUGGAUGUGGUCUAUUCGAUCCAAUAUUAUCCAAUAAUGAAUACAGGGUCUCUAAAUGGGAGAUGGUGUUGCGAAUAGUACGCUCAGUAGGUCAAUUAUUUAGACCAUAAGUUAAGCGAAGCGCGCGAAACAUAUUCUUUACAGAACGUGAUCUUAUCUAAUAAAUGUGACCGGUUUGUAAGCGUUAUUCUGGCGUAAUUCUUUCCAUGAUAAAAUGCCAAGCAAUACUGAACUACUGAACAAAAAUAACAUAAAAGCUUGACACAACUCAAGCGUCUUUUGUCAAAAAAAAAUUCCAGUUUUUGUAUAGAAAACUGUUUUAUUUGAGAAGUUAUCUUCUUGAAAUUUGUCACAAAUUGUUAUCCAAUAAACGUUACAAUACCCGAUCUAAUUGUUCAGAUUGGAUCACUAUCUGUGCUGACAUUGACAAACAUUUUUAAUACUUUUUUUACGAAGGGUGUUAUGGAUUCGGUGUAGCCGGUUUACUUAUGAUUUAAUUGCUCGAAAAAAAUGUUGUUUGAAACAAUAAUCAAAAAAGUUGACUUCAGCUAAAAGUGUUAUUACUAAAGCCAUAAGCAAGCGACACAUUUCUUCAUUAAUCUCAUCCUGAAAUGGCUGACUCUAAACUCUCAUCGGUCCUCCGGCAGUCGUUUCAUCAGUAGUUUGAUUAAAAGUAACCAUUCAUUCCUCAUACACAUUUUCUCGUAGUUGAAUUGGAUUAAGAGAAAGAAUUAAUUUGAAUUGCAUAAAUGAUCAUUAACUAUUGUAUUGCUUGAGAGUUUUCGCUGUUACUUUCCUUUAAGUAAUCUUAUAACUAGCUGAUAAUUAAGCAUAUGAAUAUGUAUAUGGGAACCACUUUUGAGAAUGAUUCCAUAUUUUGAUUUAACUUAAGGCUGUAAUCGAUGUACGUUGCAAAUUAUUUGUGGUUGACUGAUGACAAGGAAUGCAAUCAAUUAUUGUAACACCUAGCCGCGUCAAACAUUUACGCUGCAUGUGUACAUUACAUUGCACCAGGGAUGUGCAUAUGUAGCAUGUGUUCGGUAAAUAUAAUUAAUGCUACGACACUUGCACACAAUCGAAAUUAACUUGCAACUUUGACAUACACCGGUUAAUGCGGAGGUUAAUUUGCGAAAACGCAAAUAUACCCACACAUAAGUAUGUAUAUACAUGUAUGGAUGUUGCAACGCGAAAUUGGCAACAUUGACAGCCAGUGAAUGGCGCUUUGAUGUUUAAAUGCAAUAUUUAACGCAAUGCUAUAUAUACCAAACCAAUAAUAACAGCAACGACCACAGCGCUGAGAAUGAAAACAAUAACAUGCCACAUACGUGCGUAUAUGUUGCAGCACAACAAUGUUAGCAACAGUCGUGUGCAUGCCUCACAACACAGCUAAUAAAUAUUCAAUUUGUUAGCCGUGCCAUAGGCCACAUUACCUUCACCUUGGUAAUGCCGUAGCUUAUACAUUUUCCCGACACCACUUAGCAUGCUGCUUCCACUUCUGCUGCGCUGUGACAGCAUAAAGCGCUUAAAUGCUCGUACAACCGUAUUGACCACGUUGGUUAGGCGUCACAUUAACGCUUGUAAACGCAAAUGUAAACUGUUGGCUUAUCGUUCGCUAGGCGUAGCAUAUUUAAUCGCAUGUGUGCCUGAUAUUUGUUGUGUGUAGGCGAGAAUUGUUUAAAAUCACUUACACUAACAUGUCACUAAUAUGACAUAGAGCCGAGCAUGUUUUAUAUUUUGUACAUAUAUGGGCGUGUGUAUAUUUUGGUUUGCACUAUGCUAUUAUAAUUAUUGCUCCCUGCUUGUAGACGCAACUGACUUCUACGUUUUUGAUUAAUUUAUGUAAUUAUCGAUUUGUUGACUAAAUGUGCUCUUGGUUAAUGCUAAAAAAAACAUUGUGUAAUGAUAUCCACUCACACUUGAUAUUUGUCCUUUAGUUUAUAAGAUAACGAUCUGAAAUUGUGCACACAUACUCGGAAAUAUUUAUACACUCUAUAUACGUCUGACAGUACAGACCAAGGUCGUGAUGUAAUCGUAAUAGAUAGCUUCUAAAGCAUCCAUGUCCAGUCAGUAUUUGGAUCAGGUGGAAAUCCACGUCCCAUGUUAUCUAUCUAUCUAUGAACUAUCUCCGAAUGUAUGUCCGAGAUUAGCCUGUGGGUCCAUCGUCCUUUGGUUGAGGUUGGCCACCGUUACUGCCACAUUGUGAUGCUUUUGGUUCUUUUCUUUUUUUACGCCUACUGACGGCUCUUAUAGCUGGCCCAAUCGCUCGAAUUCGUCUCCCUGGAUGUCAAUUGUGGACAUACUAGCUAGAACUUCAGUAGCCUCGCUUGAUAUCGUAUCAGGUUGCUGUAAGGAAUUAUUUGUUUAUGUGUUAGUAAAAAGUUGCAACCAAUGUUAGCGUUUUUUCUUGCUUUCUAAGGAUUUUCCUUCAAUUUUAUUUAUUCACAUGGAAUAGCUGAUGCUGAAUCUAAAAAUGUAGGCAAUUUAGUUUGAUUUCAUGCUACUUUGCUGCAGUAAAAAUAUGUUUUAUUGGAGAUAAGCUCUCAGCAAACUAUAAUUUGACCUUUCACUUUGAACUAAAUGCUUCGGCAUAGAACCACCAAUACAAGACCUAAUUUUUGCUCUUAAAUCUUAUGACGACUGAUUUGGUUACUUAAAGUUUUUCAAAAUAAUGCUAUUGAAGUAUUUUUUUUACCAAAAACCACAAAUAUGUAUACAGUUGUAUUUUAGGACAAUUGUGCGUAUUAAAGCAGUUUGAAGUACACUGUAAAUACUCGUAUAUGUAAGUAUAACAAUCAAAAAUUAAGCAAAAAACUUAAUAUUGCUAUAGACUUUAAGCAUAUACAUAUAUAAUAUGUACGUACUUAUUUAUGUGGUAUUUCAAAAUUGUUGGUGCUGGGUUGAGAAUGCGCAUAAUAAAUCAUUGCAAUAAGCGUAUCGGUAGUAAUAAUAGUGUGAGCCUGACAUACUGUAUAUAUUUAUAUGAAACACUAAUCGUAUACAAAUAUUGUGAACAAUUGUAAUCAAGCAGAAAAAAAUGUUAUAAAAUAAGUUAAUGUAAAUAAGAAUGUAAGCUUUAGUAAGCAUUAUGUAUAAAAUAAAAUGUUAGGUGCAGAAGUUUAUAUAAGACAGAAAUUGUAUAUACAACUUGUGACUGCAACAUGUUGCACUGGCGUAUUUUAAAAACCAAAAAAUAUGCUCUAAGAAUGAAAAUGUAGACAAUUAGUGCAGAUUGUAUUAUUUUUAGCAAAAAUGAAUUAUUGAAAAAAUUAUGAAUAUAGCGCAGAAAAUUAAAAAAAAUAAUAAUAAUACAUUUCUGAAAAUGCUUUGUAAACUGUUUUCUGAAGCUAUUGGCAAACGCUAGUACUACAAAAUGAAUAGCAAGCAAAAUUAUGGCAUAAAAUAAUAAUACAUAUAUACAUAUAUACAAAUA